GUAAAGUGCGCAUGCGCGGCUACUCCCGCUGGCGGGCUCUUUUAAAAACAAGAUGGAGUUGAUGUCUGCGCUACACUUUCUGAGAUUAAAUGAAGUUCCUACAGACUGGGUGGAUGCAGUGUGGGAACUGGAGUUCACAGAGGUGAAACUAUUAGAUGACCCUGUUGGAGAAGAACUCCGUGCUUGUGGAGACAAGGCCCUCAGAAAACUGUACAACUGUUUACAAGGGCAUGCGUCUGAACUUCAGCAGUCUUCAAGCAGUGACACAAGCUCACUGAGUGUCUGGGCGAUUCUUGGGGAAAAUGGGGUGUCAGUCAAGACUCUGGUUGCUGUUCUGUCCUCCUUCAUCCUGGUGGCGAAAUCCAAAGGGGCCAACGUACAGCAGAGAGUUAACGGACUGUACGCAGCGUCGCUCUACCUGCUGCUGCUGGGAAUCCCAGGAAGCAUUGCCAACAGAGUUUUCCAUGAGGUUCUUUUGGACACGUGUUCUGACCUGACCUGGCACUGCUGGCCUCAGGACUCUGGGAAGAAGCGCAAGAAGGACGUCCUGAAGAGUUCCCAGUCGGAUGGCAAACGCUCCAAACCCCAGCGGAAAGACACAGCAGAGGUUGAAAUGGACGAAGAAGAGGAUGAGGAUGUGGACAUUCAUUUCUCUGGCCAGGACUUGAUAAGGAUCAGAGAUGCUGUCGCUCUCUUAGUUCAGAGCCUUCUCAGACUCCUGCAGAGCUUUCCGCUCAAAGAGCGACCGCAGAGCGCCAGCCACUGCACGCAGAUCUUCACUAAGCUGCUCUACUUUGAGCCCGUCAUCGGGGAGCCGACCUUUGCAGUUCCGCAAGACCUCACGGAGCUGAAGAGCGUUCCAGAGAUGGCUUUCUGUGGCUUAAAGCUGCUGUGUUCCCCAAAACACGGAGACCAGAAAGAGUCUCUGCGGAGGGUGUUUCACUCACUCCUGUACGUGAUCCUGAUGAUGAGUCAAAACGAAAGGAGGAAGCCCUCCCUGCUUGUACCCAACCAGGCCAUCAUCACCACUCGCGACCAGGCCAUCCAGUUUGUUUGUCACCUUGUGGAAGAGCUGAAAGAGAUGGCUCUACCUUUCCUUCAGAUCCUUCUGCAGCAUAUCUGUGUUCAGAUGGUGGAGAAAUGUGAGUUUCGAAGCCAUGGAGCUCAGGCCGUGGGUAUGUUAACGUCUUCGAUGGCAAGCAAAGACUACGCCCAGUUCAUCAAGUGGCUUUAUACCUUUUCCAGACACUCAAAGAUGGUUCAUCGCCUGUUCUCCGUAGACGUGGUGAUGGUUUUGCUGGAGCAGCCCGAGAGAAGUCCGGAUGAGUGUCAGGACCCCGAGCUCGCCAGCUUCCUGCCACAAAAAUUUCUGAUCCAUGACCUGCUCUUUGCUCGGCGGAUGGACGCAUCGUCCACCGUCCAAGGCCACGCCCUCUCAUGCCUGGCUCAGUGUCUGGAGCUGCCCUCGCUUAACGUCACUCGGGCUGUUCACAACCUCUUCUCUGCCACUGUGACUCAGACCGUAUUGGAAGGUGAACUUGCAGAAGGAAGUCUUAGUUCCCAUAUCAGUCAGAAAACCUAUCGGACCCUCCCGUUCAGGACCGUAGAGAUCAGCAGUGCCAGCAGCUCUGGCUGUGAUGCAAAAGAGAACCUGGCUCUCCUCCUUCGCCGUCUGAAAGACUCAAAGAUUAACGUGAGAAAAGCUGCUCUGCAGGCCGUGGUGGGUCUUCUAAAACACAGUGUCAUUUCUAUGAACUGGGAGAAUCUGGAAGUUGUGUCUGAGCGCACCAGAGAUCCAGCUGUGUCUGUAAAGAAGAAGGCCUUGCAGUGUGUCGGAGAACUGCUCGCUACUAAACCGGAGUGCAGUGUAGUUCAGAAGGCCUGGCUUUACGGCGUGAUGCCAGCUGUGGUGGACUCUGAGAACUCUGUGCAGGAAAAGGCCUUAGAGUCUCUGGAGCAGGUGUUGCUCAGUCAGGUGAAAUUGUACUCUGCCGGCCGCCACCUGGACUCCAGUCAGAAGCUGGCCUGGGACCUGCUGGGGUUAAUGUGCCACGAGUGCCAGAACAUCAGUCGGUAUUUCAACCGGGCCUUCACCAUCUGGUCCAAACAGAACAAGUUCACCCCGACGUUUAUCAGCAACCUGAUCUCACACACUGAGGCUGAUCAUGCUGCAGGGGCCUGGCUGCUGCUCUCCAAGGUCGUCACUUCAUCCUCAAAACUGCCAUACGACAAGAUCCUGGAGGCCUGGGACACCAUGUUCAGGUCAAAGGAUGUAAAUGUGACAACCUGCUGUCACAUCCUCUCUGUGAUCGGUGACAUUGCUUCUCAUUUGCACYAAGACACCAAGGAAAGGAUAGUUGCUGAUCUGAUGUCCUGGUUGAAGACGUUCAGUUUGAGUCUAGAGGUGAUCAACGCUUCUGUGCAGACCCUCUUUCAGCUCGGUUCUUGUGAGGACAUGAAACAAACUCAGGCCUUCAUGAAUCAGCACUGUGGUGAGUUGGUGUCAAUCUGUGAAGCUUAUUUAGCCGGCGUCAUCCUGCGUGAAAAUGGAACCCAGAACCUCAACGAGGAGCUGAUGAUUAAACACUUCCACACUCUGGGUGUGGCAUCGCUCCACUGUCCUGCAAUGAUCAGCAAGAAGACGAUGCUUCUGGUGGAAUCGGUCAUGACUGCACAUUCAGACCAGCAGGCAGGUUACCAGGAAGAGCUACGAGCAUCUCCACCUCUGUCUCAGCCUCUGUCUCAGUACAAAGCAAACCCUCUGCCCACCAGUGUCAAAGCCCACGGCGUCAUCACUUUAGGUAAACUGUGCCUGCAGCACGAAGAACUGGCGCAGAAGUACCUGCCAGUGUUCGCCAGAGAGCUCGAGGUCGGCACUGAGGUCGCCGUGCGCAACAACAUCGUGGUGAUCAUGUGCGACUUGUGCAUUAGAUACACCAACAUUGUGGAUCACUACAUCCCAAACAUCUCUGCCUGUCUGCGGGACGAUGUAGCCGUCAUCAGGGAGCAGACGCUCAUCAUGCUGACCAACCUGCUCCAGGAGGAAUUUGUGAAAUGGAAGGGCUCUCUCUUCUUUCGCUUUAUGGUGGCACUGGUUGACCCUGUCCCUUCCAUUGCCAGCUUGUGUGAAUACUGUCUGCUUCAUCUGCUGCUGAAGAAGAACCCAGAGAUGUUCAGCCAGCACUUCAUUGAGUGCAUCUUCCACUUCAACUCCUACAACAAACACAAGUCCUACAACAAGUUUCCUCAGAGUGAGAGAGAAAAGGUUCGGUUCUCCCUGAAAGGAACUCAGUAUAUCGAGAAGCGCUUCCGGAUUUAUCGUUUCCUGCUGGAGAACUUUACAGACACGCAGCGCUUCAACAUCACCAACAGGAUCAACCAGACCAUCUUAGCAUGUUUUGCAGAUGAGGAGCUGCCUCUGGAUGCAGAUGGGGCUGAGAUACUGUCAGAGACUUUUAAAAUCUUGAGUCUGAAGGAGAUAAAGCUGCAGGUGGUGUCAGGGUCAGCAGGGGGCGCAGGCGAAGAGGAACCAGAGGAGAACAUGGCCAAGGCUGUGAUGCAGGCUGCACAGAAGAAGGUGGUGUCACAGGUCCAGAGGAGAGUGUUCAUAGAAAACACAGUCCCUCUGAUCAUCAGCCUGAAGAACCUGCUGGAGAAGAAACGAUCCCCUGUCCUCCGAGAGCUCAUGGGAUACCUCCAGGUGACCAUGCAGGACUACCGUGAUGAAGUGAAGCAGUUCUUCUCUGGGGACGAGCAGCUGGCAGCUGAAGUGGAGUUUGCUCUAAAGAUGGCUGACGAGGAAAGAGAGAUGCUGGAACAGAUGGACACCUGUAACGUGACCGAAAACGCCCAGAUACCACCCGCAAACGGUUCAGUUCAGGGCUCCCCUGUUAAAAGACCCCUCCUGCCUUUUAAUUUUGCGACCCCACAGCCACCUCGUCCAAGCACCGUGUCAAGCAAAAAGGCUCUGACUGACCGACCUGUGCGCAGACUGAGGUCACAGGAGCAGCAGAAGUCAGUGGCUCUGGAUGGAACAGUGAUUCUAAAAGGAGCAGCCAACAACAGAGCCUUCAGCACACCUAAAGGUGUCAACAUAAGCUUAACGUUUUGCGAAGGACUAAGCGCAAUCUUCAGUGAUAUUGGAACAAGUGGUAACGCUGACACCAGUGGUCCUAGCGACAGUAACAACGAACAUUGCUUACUUUUCAGAGCUCUUAGAUCGAGGCAGUGGAACGUGCAGUCUCCCCUCCGCCAGAAGAAUCCGAGAAAAAAGUCUAGACAUUAGUUUUGUCUGAACAAAAUCUGUUUUGUCCAGAGCCGUCGUUUCUAAAAAUAUUAUGAUUGGCGUCAUUUCUACCUUAUUGUUUUUGAUUGAUGUUCUGACAUUUAGCUUUAAAGUAUUUGUUUGUCCUUUAUCUUUGUAUCAAUAAAAUUUUCUAUUAUACAUAUUAAGUGUUCAUUUAGAUUAAAACAUCACUAAAACUGUACAUGGCAAAAAUAUUAAUGCAUGCAUCAUUUUCUUCUUACUUUGUACAGCUGCACCAUCAUGUGGGUUGAAACAAGAAGCAUAAAAUAUAAAAUUUCUGAAAAGGUUUUUAAAGGGUUCCAGGUUUAUUUACAUCAGACCUCUUUAAGGGGGCUUAUCUAUUUUUAGGCACAUAGUUACUUGAUUAUGGUAUAAAAUUGAACUAUGUUACCUUCAAUUAUGAAGAUAUUGUAUAUAUCAAAUAAAUUUGACUUUGCAUCAUAGCCUUUUUAAA